UAGGGGCUGGCAGGCAGCCAGAGGCAGUCUAUUUAAAAGACAGCCUGUUCUGCAGUAUUCAGUCUCUUUAGAAACUUCUCCAGGGGAAAAGUGUUGGGAGAUCUACAAAGUGGAUUUUUUUUUUUCCCUUUCCCCCUGAUUUUUACCGCUCCUCUGCAGACUCCGCAACAAAACACUCCAACUUUGCAGAAAACUUUUCUUUUUUUCUUUUUGCCUUUUUUUGCCUUUUUUCCCCCCCCCGCAUUUUUUGCCUUUGAAAAUCUUGGAAAAGGAAAACAGGAGGGUUGAACACAGCCGAUCGAAACACAACUUUGCUUCAUACUAAGCUUCCCAGCAGCUCGCUGCGUCGGGAGAGACUUUUUCCUCCUGCAGAAGAAGAGAGAGGCAAGGGGAGCUUUGCAUCCCCUCUUCCCUCUCCUUUUUUUUUUUUUUUUCCCCUCUUGACUACUUUAAUGCAUUAAUAGCAGGACACUGGUUUUCAAGGAACUUUGAUCCCUUCCUGAUCUGCCUCCUCCCAGCCCUUUGGGAAGAGUGUGUGUGCGUGCGUGUGUGUGUGAAAUCGCCGUCCCACCUCCCCAAACCCCCCUGGCUCCCCCACGCCUCCCCCUGCAACCUGUAGGCUGUGCAACCCCUGCAGGCUUUUCUCCCUUUCCCUCUUCCCUCCCUCCCCCUCUCUUUUUGCGCUGCCGCGGAUCGCGGUGCGAAUUCCCCGUCGAGCCGAGAAAAAGCUGAAAGAAGGAGAAAAAGGAAAAGAAAAAAAAAGACAAAAGCAAACCUAGACGCCCCCCUCUCCCAACGCCAAACGAAAAGCGGGGGGUUUCGCACCCAGAGAAUAAACCCCAGAGUGGGGCACCUGCAAGAGGGGCUGCGCUUUCCGACCCUUUGCCUUUUUGAAACUUUUUAAUUUUUUUUUUUCCCCCGAAGGGGCAAGCGAAAGCGAGCGCCGCCCGCCCCCUCGCCGGCGGCAGCCCCCCGCGCCCCGUCCCGCAGCAUCCCCGCCGCGAUGCUGCUGCGGCUCCUGGUGCUGCUGGGCGCCUGCCUGGGGCUGUCGCGGUGCCUGGGCUCCUUCGUGCAGUGCGAGCCCUGCGACAGCAAGGCGCUGUCGCUCUGCCCGCCGCCGCCGCUGGGCUGCGAGCUGGUGAAGGAGCCGGGCUGCGGCUGCUGCCUCACCUGCGCCCUGCCUGCCGGGCAGCCCUGCGGCGUCUACACCGAGCGCUGCGCCCGCGGGCUCCGCUGCCUCCCGCGCCAGGGCGAGGAGAAGCCGCUGCACGCCCUGCUCCACGGCACCGCCGUCUGCCUCAGCGAGAAGAGCUAUCGCGAGCAAGCCAAGGCCGAACGGGAGUCCCGAGAGCAUGAGGAGCCAACCACAUCAGAGAUGACAGAGGAGACCUACCCGCCCAAGGCCUACCGGCCCAAGCAUGGGCGCCUCUCUGAGCUCAAGGCUGAGGCCCUGAAGAAGGACCGCCGGAAGAAGCUGACCCUGGCCAAGUUCGUGGGCAUGGCCGAGAACACAGCGCACCCCCGCGUUGUCAUCCCUGAGCUCCGGCAAGAGUUUGAGCUGGGCCCCUGCCGCAGGCACAUGGAGGCGUCCCUGCAGGAGCUCAAGAGCAGCCAGCGGAUGGUUCCCCGCGCUGUCCAUCUCCCCAACUGUGACCGAAAGGGCUUCUACAAAAGGAAGCAGUGCAAACCCUCCCGAGGCCGGAAGCGUGGGUUGUGUUGGUGCGUGGACAAAUACGGCAUGAAGCUGCCGGGGACUGACUACCUGAGUGGAGACCUGCAGUGCCACGCGUUCGACAGCAGCAAUGUGGAGUGAAGUCGCAUCCCCUCCCUCUGCCCCGUCACCACCUACCCAGGCUCCUUCCCACCCUCCCCUCUGCACCUCCCCACGCCCCAGGACUCCGAUUCCUUUCAUCUCAUGCAAGAAGAAAAAAAAGAAAGGAAAAGAAAAAAGAGAAAAGAAGGAAAAGAAAAAAGAUAACGGAAGGAAAUAGAAAAAAGAGAAAAGGAAAGAAAGAAGUAAGGAAAGGAAAAGUGAAAGGAAGAGAGAAAAGAAAAGAAAAGAAAAGAAAAGAAAAGAAAAGAAAAGAAAAGAAAAGAAAAGAAAAGAAAAGAAAAGAAAAGAAAAGAAAAGAAAAGAAAAGAAAAGAAAAGAAAAGAAAAGAAAAGAAAAGAAAAGAAGAAAAAGAAAAAAGAGACAGAAGAGAGAAACGAACCCUGAAGAAACUGAGGACUCGGAAUCUACAGCAGCCUCUUGACAACAAGGACUCAGCAAGGAAAGGACAGAGCCAGAGACAAGGCAGCCACGGCCGCCCCACCAUCCCAAGCCAUCCUGUAUCUCUCCCCAGCACAACCUGUGCCCCCCCGCCAUGAGAAGAGAUCACCCCAAAGCUCUCAGAGUCGGUGAUUUUCCAGUAUGGCUUUCAGGCGGGUUAAUUUUUUUUCUUUUUUAUUUUUUCGGGUUAGCUAGUCAUUUUCUAAAGAGUCUCAAGAGAAAACCUUGCCGGCUACCAGCCUUCCCCCUCCUCACUCCAGUCCUCCAGAGUCUACAUCCCACAUUGCUGGGACUUACUCGAGUCAAUUUGAUUUGACUUCAGUCUCAAACGACCGCCCUGGAUCCAGGCAGAUUUCAACAUGUCGGGAGGAGGCAUGGAGCUGCUGGCUUCAUGUCUGGAGAUGAGCUGGGGAGGGAAACACAGCUCCUGCAACAGCAUGAAUGCUUCCCCCCAAAAUAUUUGUGGACUUCAAAAAGAAAUCCUCCAAAAAGGAAAGAUAGCCUUCUCCAUCCAGUUCCUCUUAAAUGGAGGUCAGAAAUAUUUUCUUGGACAAGUGGAACUUUGACUGUUGUUCAUCCAGUUGUGGAAGCAUUUGUGUGUGCAUGCGAGCGCACGUGUGCAUGGAUGUCACUUUUCCUCCUUGCAAAACUUCACUUCAAAAACUGCAAUCUGGAGGGCUUAAAUGUAAGCAGGGGGAGGGAUGCUGCCAGCUCCCAAAAAAUAAUAACCUCCCAGACUAAGCACAGGAGCAGAGUUACAGAGAAGCAUCAUUAUCUGCAGGAUCAGGGCCCCACCAACACCAAGGGCUCCAUCCAAGUUGACCCCAGAGAUACUCCAUCACUGUCCAGACUGAAGCAUACCUACGUGAGGGUAGGGGGAUUGGGGCCAAAACUCUUCACCAUGCUAUGACACCAUGAGGAAGGAAACGAUGGAGAUUUUUAUUUUAUUUUUUUUCACAGCCAAAAACGUAGUUUGCUCCAGGGGAAAAAAACAAACUACACUUGGUUUUUGUCUUGGAUUUUUGCUAAGGCUGGUUUAUAGCCUUCCCUGUGGGUAGGAAAAUGCCAAUCUCCAUCCUUUCACACUGAGGAUACUGCGUAUGUUGCCACAGCUGAUUCCCACCACCCUGCAGUAAGAUCUUGUGAUGGGUCCUCGCCUUUAGCCUGGGAUCCAGCUCCUCAUUGAGUGACAGCAGCCACCGUGCCACGGAGACCCACUGACUCAGGUGUGCUGGGACAGCCCUCAGCUGCCUUCCUGACUUUUUCAUUGUUUUUUUUACGUUCAAUUUUGGGACUGUUGCCUCUCAUUUCGCCAUGACAAGGAUCUCCAGAAUGUUAGUGCUCAGAGGAGAUGCUGCAGCAAAGGAAGGGAAGCGAGCUGUGGGGUCUGGUCGCUGUGGUCCCAGUGGGUGAACAUGUGCCCACUGGGGACUACAUCCCAGCACUGCGGCUGGAGAUAGCAGCCAGCACCACCCAAAGGACAUGGCUGAUCUCAGAGGGGAGGUUUCUGCAACCCCAAGGCCCCUUUGAGCAUGCUGGAGCAUGGCGGGGAGGAAACAGGGGUCUGCAGCACCACUGGGUCCCUGCCAGCAGGGAUGGGACAAGGGGAAUUCAACAUCAAGGGGCUCCAGCAGAGGCUCCAUCGUGGAUUGGGCACCCUCUUAGCUGCUCACAGCAUGGCAUUGAUCCUCUGAGCACCCCAUGGGCCCCGCCCAGCAGGACAUUUGCCCCAGUUGAGGGCAGGACUGGAUACCCCCCAGUUAUUUCCCCCGGAGUUAAGGUGGGGGUGAGUUUUUCUGAUGGACUUCCACCGAGACCCAGUGGGGCAUGUUUGGGUGAGGCCUCUGUCACCACCAAAUGCAGAUCUGUCACCCCAAAAACCUGCAGGAGUGGAGUGACCCCUGUGUUGCUGGAGGGGAGCACUGCAGGUGCUGGGGCCAAGGGAAGGACCCCUCUGGGUUCUGCAGGGCUGAAUGGAGCAGGGUUGGUUGGACCAGCAUGGGAGAUUAAUGGUGCGGUGAAGCUGGGGAGAAGAAUGGGGUAAAGAAGGCAGGUGGAGGAAAAGGAGGAGCCUGUGCCAACCCUGAGGGCCACAGGUCACCAUUGUCACCACUCUCCCAUCUCCUCUGCUCGCUGAUCCCCAUGCAAAAAUCUUCCUGACUGUUAUAGGCCAGUACCACCUUUCCCAGGACCCUUCCCUCAUUCUCACUCUUUCUUGCUUUCUUGUUUGUUUGUUGUUGUUUGAUUUUUCCCAAAACUUGAAAGCCUUUGGCUGCAGAGAAAGAAGAUAUGCCGCCGGGGUUAGAUGGGAGUGGGCAGAGGGACGGCAGCUCCCUGCAGACCUUGUCUUUUCAGGCCCAAUGCUUUUGCAGGGUGAGGGUCAGCUCACGGGGGGACGCAGCCCAGCUGGGGGCCCAGUGGUGGUCUCAUGAUGUGGCCACCACAGUGACACCAGGAGGGAGACACAAGGUGCCUCCCCGAUCUCCCCCUACAAAGCCUGUCUCAGCCAUGGCCCUGAGGGGUGCAGAGCACCAAAAUACAUCCUGUGCAGCCUCCCUCCUUUCUGCACAUCUAGCACUGGGAUGGCACCACCUGUCCUGUCUCCACCAACCUGGGGGGAGGAGGAUGCAAGAUGGGGUCUGCACCACCCUUGCCCUCCUGAGCCACCUCGGAUCCUGGGAUGGGGCACCGAGCAACCCCUCAGCCACCAGCUCCUUUGAGGAUCCCCGGCAGACGAGGCUGUUUGCAGGCUGCAUUAAUAUAUAGGACCGGGUUUGGGCUGGAGACAAGAGCAGCUUCAGGAGGGGUUGGCCACCCCCUGGGGUGGCACUGACGAGGUGCUUCCAUUCUCAGCACCCAGCAACACCCCUUUGCAUUUGGGGUGAGAAAAACCAAAAGAGGCAGAUUUGGGAGAUGGGCAGGGCAGAGAGGGCUGAGGCACUUGGGGAGAUGCUGGUGAUUUGUGCAUCAGAGGGAGGUGUGAGGUUUGGGGGUCUCUGACGUGUUUGCACCAAGCCCACUCCUAUAGCCAGGAUGCUGGCUGGGAAGGAGAGGACAAGAAUGGCACAGGGGUCAGGACAGCCCUUCCACCACAUCUCCCCAGGGAUCAAGCGCUCAGUGGCUGGGCUACCCCUUGUCUGUACUGCAGUGGACUUCGAAAACCACUAGUACAAGAGCAUUUUGCACUAUUUCUGUGCUCCCUCUUCUCCCUUCUCUUUCCCCCCCCCCUUGCCCAUGAAAACUUAUUUUUUAGGGUUUUGUUGUUGUUGUUGAUUAUUAUGAUUUUUUUUUUUUUUUUUCCCGAACGGAGCAUUGUAUAUUUAAGGACCGACAGUUCACCUCGCUUCCAGAGUGCUGUCCUGGCCCUGGCUAGGAGCCCUGCCUACUGUGCCCCCCUCCCCAGCCCCAACAGCCCCCCCACUGCCACUGGGACAGAUGUCACCACGCACGUUACCCACCAUUGUAAUGCAGUUGUUAAAACACACCAGAUUCCGAGUUUCCUGCCUGGUUUUUAUCUUUAAGCAAUAUUCACUACACAUUUUACGGUAGCUGUUUAUAGCUUUACAUACAUACGGUAGCUCUGUUGUUUCAUUUUGUUUUGGUUUUGUUGUUGUUGUUUUUUUUUUUCCAGUAAACAAGAAAUACUCAUAAUCUUACUGGUGGGAAAAAAAAGCAGUUUGUGAAAAACUGACAAUGGAAGAAGAGCUUAAUGCUCUGUUUAGCAUUUUGUACUUAAAAAAAAAAAUCUCACAUUUUAUUAAAAAAGUGAAGAUUGCUGUAUACUAUUUAUUCAACUUAUAAUUUAUGUUACUCUUUGAUCUUUGUCUUUUCUCAUGACAAAGCAUUUAUUUAAUAAAGUUAUGCAUUCAGUUA